AUAAUUCAAUGGUCAUGGCCAGUUUGUCCCAAACUCAAGAUGGCAACCAUAUCAUCUUCGUGCUAAAUCGCGGGGAUUCCAUACGUGCGGUAACGGCCUCUCGCCUUUAACCCCUGGGCUAUGAUAUUGCCGCCAUGGCAGCUGACUAAGCUCUUCUCGCAACCCCAUGCAUAUCUAUCCUUGCCAGCUGUACUCGACACUCUGGAAGGCAACGGAUAAAAUUGUAUCUCAACACGAGACAAAUUAUUCUGUGAACCCUUAUGCAUGAAUAUGUUGUGCCCGCUCCUAUUUUGCUACUUAUAGGGAAAUCAAAUUUACAUUGCAGAGGAAAAUAUCAUCAUUAUCUUUUUUCCCGUUUGUGCGUUUGAUUUUUUUCAAUGGGGGGUGGCGCUUCGAAAAACUCUGGAAAUCCAGGAGGAAAUGAGGAAAACCUUGAGCAUGCGGGAGGGCAAUUGUAUGUGUCUCUGCAAAUGGACUGCAUUAAGCACAACAGAGAGCUGGUCCCACACGUAUACGGAUCGGUUCCCCUAAUUGGCCUCUGGGAUCCCUCUAAAGCUCUAGCUAUGGAGAGGGAAGCAACAUCUAGAUGGGAAAUCAGUUUUGUGGUUCCUCCAAAUCAUGAAACCCUAGAAUUCAAGUUUCUACUCAAGCCAAAGCACAGUGGUGUUCCAUGCAUCAUUGAAGAGGGUUCAAAUCGUCUCCUUACUGGAGGAGCUCUUCAAGGUGAUGCUCGAUCAGCAUCAUUCCGAUUCACAGAAAGAGAUGAGACAUUAGAGUAUCGUGUGUACAUUAAUGCAGACCGAGUUUCUCCGGUUGAUCUUGCGGCUAGCUGGAGAGCUUACCAGGAAAACCGACAACCUUCUGUUGUGCGUGGUAUACCAGAUGUGAGCAUAAAUCCCAUCGAUACGACAUGCUUGGAGAAUGCUUCUGCAGCAAGCCUAGAACUUGAAUUAGAACACUAUGAGGUCCCACCUCCAGCCUCGUGUGCUAAUUCAGGUACAUACUAUGCAGCAAAUACAACUGAGACUCCAAGAUCAUUGCGUAAUGGAGGCAAUUUCUCGAGCUCUAGUAAUGUGAACAUCACUAAAUCUUUUAUGAGCAAGGCACUCAGGAUGAAUGUGGCAGACGAUUCAAUAAUAUCUGAAGGAUCAGAGGCUCUACCACCAGAUUUGGAAGAGAUGCAGGCAGCUUCAGGGGUAGAGUCCAAAUCUGUUGGUACACAUUUAAGCCUACAUAAACAGGACAGUCCUCGAGGAUUUUAUGUGGACAGGGGGGUGAGCAGCUCCCCAAGGCUUAACCGUUCUGGAAGUAGUCUUAAGAAAGCUUUUCCAGCAGCAUCUGGAGCUGUUGCAGCAGCCGCAGUUGCAGAUCACAUGCAUGGACCAAAGGAGGAUGGCCAGUUGGCUAUUGUGUUGGUUGGCCUACCUGCACGAGGAAAGACCUUCACUGCAGCAAAGCUUACCAGAUACCUUCGAUGGCUAGGCCAUGAGACAAAGCACUUCAAUGUUGGAAAGUAUCGUCGCCUUAAACUUGGACUAAAUCAGUCUGCAGAAUUUUUUCGACCUGACAACCAGGAAGGUGUAGAUGCACGAAAUGAGGUGGCAGCAUUAGCAAUGGAAGAUAUGAUCGCCUGGAUGCAAGAAGGUGGUCAGGUGGGCAUCUUUGACGCAACAAAUAGCACCAGAAAGCGCCGCAACAUGCUCAUGAAAAUGGCAGAAGGAAGGUGCAAGAUAAUCUUUUUGGAGACAAUCUGCAAUGAUGAGGCUAUUCUUGAGCGUAACAUUCUUCUUAAAAUCCAACAAAGCCCUGACUAUGCAGAUGUGACAGACUUUGAAGCAGGUGUACGAGACUUUAAAACCCGGCUAGCUAAUUAUGAGAAGGUUUACGAACCAGUUGAAGAGGGCUCUUACAUAAAAAUGAUUGAUAUGGUCAGUGGCCAAGGAGGACAGAUACAGGUAAAUAAUAUAAGUGGAUAUCUUCCUGGGCGAAUAGUCUUUUUCCUGGUGAAUACACAUCUUACUCCACGACCCAUUUUGCUUACACGGCAUGGGGAGAGUCGUGACAAUGUACGAGGACGGAUUGGAGGAGAUGCUGUUUUGAGUGAAGCUGGAGAGUUGUAUGCAAAAAGAUUGGCUAAUUUUGUAAACAAGAGGCUAAAAUCUGAGCGCACUGCUUCAAUAUGGACCAGCACAUUGCAAAGAACGAUACUUACGGCAAGCCAUAUUGUAGGAUUCCCAAAGAUACAAUGGCGUGCUCUAGAUGAGAUAUACGCUGGAGUUUGUGAUGGAAUGACAUACGAGGAAAUAAAAAAGAACAUGCCAGAGGAAUAUGAAGCACGGAAAAAUGACAAGUUGAGAUAUCGAUAUCCUCGUGGUGAAUCAUAUCUUGAUGUCAUUCAAAGGUUAGAACCUGUCACUGUUGAGCUUGAGCGACAACGUGCACCCGUGGUGGUUAUUGCCCAUCAGGCUAUCUUGCGUGCCUUGUAUGCAUAUUUUGCAGAUAGACCUUUGGAAGAAGUUCCACAUAUUGAGAUCCCAUUACACACCAUAAUUGAGAUUCAAAUGGGAGUGACAGGUCUCCAAGAGAAGAGAUAUAAGUUGAUGGAUUAAUCAUACACAUUAACAUUUUUUCCCGUCCUCUUCUUUAAAAGUGUGCAUAAAUUCUAUUGCUAUUCACAACGAACUAUCAUUUAUUGUAAUAGCAUUCUCUUUGUAUAAAGAAUAAUGAUGCACGAAUACAUUAUGGAAUUAUUCAAUUACAUGUUUAUCAUGGGAAGUCAUAUUAGAAGUCAAUAUUAUGACAUGAUUGUUGUAGGAAAAGGCUAAUGGGGGUGUUGGCACCUAUUAAAACAUGUGUGCACACUUAUUCAUAAAUGAGGGCAGAAGUUACAUUGUUUAUAACUUACAUUGUUUAAGCUAGAACCUUUUUGUACAUUAAUGUAUUAUGUCUAAUAUCACAUUGUCUUGAAGUUCUAUAAAUUUCUGAAGUUCAA